CGCAAACAACGCAACGUCGAAUUGAGCAGGAUGCGCGUCUUUACCAGCCAAGCCACGUGCCUCGCAUGCGAUGGAGUGGGGGGUUGUCGUCUGACGCUACUCGACGCUUGUCUCUUAUUAGUUCUCCGGAUCUCCUAGGAGCGACUGAGAACUUGUGCGACCCGCGUUGGAGCUGUUUGUGCAUCGUGGGAAACGAAUAUUGACAUUAUGGUUGUCAAACGCGUUGCUGUGAUCGGACUUGGUCCGUCUGGAGCUAUCUCGAUUGACGCGCUGGCGCAGGAACAGGCAUUUGACGUCAUCCGCGUUUUCGAGCGGAGAGAAGCGCCGGGUGGCUGCUGGCUGGAAGACAAGUCACCGCCACCAAACCUCCUGCCCGAAGAUCUCGAAGCGCUCGCAAACCGCACCGGCGAUCUCCCACUGCAGACACCUCCUGAGCUCCCAGCUCGACAGCCGAAGGUCACUCAAGCACGCUAUGCUGAAUCCUCGGUGUACCCGUACCUCGAGACCAAUGUCGACAGCCUUGCCAUGUCGUUCUCACAGGAAGCCAUCCCAGAGCAGCGAAGCCAACUCUCGGUCUCGAAGCAUGGCGACGACACACCUUUCCGGACUCACGCGGUGAUCCGUGGCUACGUCGAGUCCCUCGUACAGCGCAAUGGCUAUGAGAAGCUAGUGGCAUACAACACCAGCGUGGAGCUGGCGGAGAAAGUUGGCAAUGAGUGGAGAUUGGUGUUGCGAAAAGACGGCAACGUCAGAGGUGAAGAUGAGUGGUGGGAGGAGUGGUUCGACGCCGUGGUCGCGGCCAGUGGGCACUUCAACGUCCCAUAUAUACCCAGAAUUGAGGGCCUGGCAGCAUUGGAGCGCAAGCACCCAGGCAGUGUCAAGCACAGCAAGAUGUUCCGCGGGCGUGAUGCCUACCAAGCUAAGAAAGUCGUCAUCGUAGGUGCUUCCGUCUCAGGCGCAGAUAUUGCAUACGAUCUUGUCGGCGCAGCGAAAGCGCCUGUUUACGCCGUGGUUAUUGGUCACAAAGCCAAUGGCUACUUCGGGGAUCAUGCGUUUCAGCACCCUGGCAUCGCCCAGAAGCCCUCGAUAUCACGUAUUGACUCCUCGGACGGCCAGAGGACGGUAUACUUCACGGACGGGACCUUUGUCGAAGACGUAGACGACAUCAUCUUCGGCACAGGCUACUCCUGGUCCCUGCCCUGCUUUCCAAAUAUCAAAGUCCACAACAACCGCGUCCCUGGCCUCUACCAGCACAUCGUUUACCAGAACGACCCUACCCUGCUUUUCGUCGGAGCCGUGGGCGCGGGCCUUACAUUUAAGAUUUUCGAAUGGCAAGCCGUCCUCGCAGCGCGUCUCCUCGCCGGACGCGCCUGGCUACCACCGCUCGAAGAACAGCAGAAGUGGGAGCGUGAAAGGAUCUCCAAGAAGGGCGACGGCCCGGGGUUUACAAUGGUGUUCCCGGACUUCGAGGAGUACUUUGAGACAGUGAGGAGGCUGGCUGGAGAGCCGGCGGCUGGGCAGCCGGGAAGGAGACUGCCGCCAUAUGACAAGAAGUGGGUUGAGGUUUUCAUGGCGGGGCAUGAGAGAAGGAAGGAAUGGUGGAAGGCGCAGAAUGAGAAGGCCAGGCAGAAGCUCCUUGCCGAAGGGCCACCUCUUGCAAGGCUUUGAAGUCGCAAAGCUGUCUGUAUAACAUGCAACACAUGCGUCGUAGACUUGCUGACGAACCGAAAUGCGAACUGACGACUUUGGAUGUCAUGCACGUUGCGUACCUCGAUUUCUGGGCUCAGGAGUCCCCGAAUCUCAGAGGUGGGCCGACUCGGUGACAAACACUUCUGUCUUUAUCUUCCGCCCUUAUACAAAUUUCAGAUUGUGUUCGUUGUUUCGCAAAGAUAGAUUGCUCAGGUGUUUCGGUCGAUCAGCAUGCUCAUGUUAAUUCAGUA